AUGGGCCCGGGUAUUCUCCAGCUCCCAGAGGAGCUCCGCUGCAACAUUGCCCACUGUCUUGAACGGGAGGACAUUUGCUCCUUGAGACUCGCCUGCAAGCAACUUCAUGCUGCGGCCACGCAGUCUUUGUUUUCAUUUGUCCGCCUUUACCCUUAUGUAGAAAGCAUAGGCAGGUACAAUGCGAUUCUGGAGCAUCCCGACUUCAACAGCCAUGUGCGACACGUAGAGCUCAACACACUCGACGCGGACGAGGAAGAAACCGAGAUGUCGGGGGAAGCGGAGCUCGAGGAAGAUUGCCUUGAUGCUUUCAAGGCCUUCAGGAAAUUCCCCAACCUCACCGGCGUCACUCUCCGCUUCUCCAAGCACGCCACCUCGGGUAACAGCUGGCAGGGCUUCGGCCACUGGCCGCAAUGGACGGAAUGGCCAGAGACGUACGAAUUUCGCCAGCCCAUCCUAAAGAACUUCUUCAAGACGCUGGCCCACCCCUCCGCUUCGAAGAUCAAAGACGUGUGCAUCGACAACAUGCAGAACAUGAACGAUGGCAAAUUCAUGAAGUCAGAAACGGCUUUGAAGGUGCUGUCAAGACUUACUGCGUUGCGACUGUACAUAGCCACCGAGGACCACGAAGGUGCUCCCGAAAGCAACCUCGAAAUGGAAGAGCUUCACGUCUUCAUGGCAGAGCUCAGACCUCUCUGGCUUGAGCCUUCAGCCAGCAACCUGACGACGCUUGUCCUCUACCAGGAUUUCUAUUUUGGAUACAGUCCAAAGCUAGAUCUCCGGGGGCUGCAUAUCCCAAACCUUCGCACACUCGCACUCGGAAAUUACGUCUUCACGCACGACUGGCAGCUGGAGUGGCUGGCCAGCCAUUCGUCCUCUCUUGAGAACCUGUACCUUGACGACUGCAUUGUGGUGUUUUACGCCAAACACUACGACUGUGAUACCGAUUCGGACGGCUAUCCAAUCAUCCAACCCAGCAGAGCCACGGGACGCGGACCCCGGACACGCGAGUACAGGUUCAUUGAUCAAAGCUGGUCCCGCAUCCUCGACCACUUCCGCACCCACCUCAGCUCCCUCCGCCACUUCCGCAUCGGCACAUCCACGCGCUGGAGAGGGCGCUACGAUGACCGCCAUUACUUCCACCCGGCCGAAUACGAAGACCUCAGCAUCGGCCUCUACAACGACCGGUACAUGAUGUUCGACAUGGGCGUUGGCCCUUGCCAGUACACCGACUACCAAGUCAACAUCCCCACGCCCGGUGGGCCGCAGUUCUCCGAACACGACGGAAAGGGCACAGCGGACGGCGACAAGGCGUAUGCUUUCUUGGAGAGGCUAAAGGGGCAGGAUCGCGAGGACAGGGACGCGCUGGUGCAGCUGCUGAACCACAUCAGACAGCCGCUGCCGGCAGACACGGACGACGUGAAGGAUUUGAUGGGGAGGAAGUAG